AUGAAUUUAGAUCCAUUGUCACCACGACCGUGUUCUAGUCUGUCUUCAUGCAGUACAUCAGCAUCAUACAAGAGAACAAAAAAUCAGGCCGAUGCUGUGCUAACUAAAAUAGCAAAAAAACUCUACGAGCCGAGACAACCCCCACAAAAACAGCCACAAAAAUAUGAAAGCUUUGGUCAACAUGUGGCUGAAAAAAUGAGAAGCUUGCCGCCAAAUGUCGCAAUACAUUGCGAAAAAAUUAUAAAUGAUGCUUUAUAUUAUGGCGCCCUUUCUAAUCUGAAUGUAACGUCCAGAAUUGUCACUGAUCCAGUGCCAAUAACAACUGUACCUGGACCUCAGUUAAGUUCACAACAUAAUGAUAGUUUAGCUGAUUUCACUGAAAAAUUGGAACUUGAUUUUUCUAAUAAAUAA